UUCGUUGGGCCAACGAUAAAAAAAAUUACUGAGUGACAGAAAUCAUGUUUCAAUUAUAUAAUUACACCUCUAACUGAUCUGAUUCAAUCACAACCCCCAUAAUGUCCAGUGGUGAAGACAAGACCCCUAAGAGGUCGAUUGAGGAGUUAUUGAAGCUCUUGAGUACGGGAGAAACCUUGACUGAAACCGAACAGAAACAAAUGAAGGAUUAUAAAUUUUGGAAAACUCAACCAGUACCAAGUUUAGAAGAAAAAAUUGUAUCUGAAGGUCCUAUAGAUACUACCAAGACUCCUGAUGAUAUUCCUAAUACUCCUUUACCUUUACUUAAGGAAUUCGAAUGGAGUACCAUCGAUAUUGAAAAUAAAGUUGAAUUGGAUGAAGUUUAUCAACUCUUAUAUGAACAUUAUGUGGAAGAUCAAGAUGGUACUUUUAGAUUUAAAUAUACUCAUGAAUUCUUUAAUUGGGCUUUGAAACCUCCAGGUUGGAGAAAAAAUUGGCAUGUCGGUGUUAGAGUGAAAGAUACUAAUAAAUUAGUUGCAUUCAUUUCUGCUAUUCCAGCUGAUUUAAAACUUAAUACUUCAGGAAAUGUAAUUCCAAGUGUGGAAAUUAAUUUCUUAGUUAUUCAUAAAAAAUUAAGAAAUAAAAGAUUGGCUCCGGUUUUAAUUAAAGAAAUCACUAGAAGAGUUAAUAAAGAAGAUAUUUGGCAAGCUUUAUAUACUGCUGGUGUAGUAUUACCAUCUCCAUUGGCUGUUUCUCGUUAUACCCAUCGUCCUAUCAAUUGGUCAAAACUUCAUGAUGUAGGAUUUUCUCAUUUACCUGCUAAUCAAACUAAAGCAGGUAUGAUUGCUUAUUAUGUUUUACCUAAUGAAACCAAAACUUCAGGGUUAAGAGAAAUUGAACAAAAAGAUUUAGAUCAAGUUUUUGAUUUAUUUAUUAAAUUCCAAACUAGAUUUGAAUUAGUUCAACAGUUUAAAAAACAUGAAUUUGAACAUUGGAUCUUAGGGGGUAAAUCAGAUGGUUCUAAAUCAAAUGUUAUAAAGACUUAUGUGGUUGAAAAUAAAGAUGGUAAAAUCACUGAUUUCUUUUCCUAUUAUUUAUUACCAUUUACAGUAUUAAAUAAUGCUCAACAUAAUGAAUUAGGAAUCGCCUAUCUUUUCUAUUAUGCUUCUGAUUCAGCCGGUAAGGACAACUAUAAGGAAAGAUUAAACUCAUUGAUCACUGAUGCAUUGAUCACUUCUAAGAAAUUCAAUGUUGAUGUAUUCAAUUGUUUAACUUCACAAGAUAAUUCAUAUUUCAUUAAAGAUGCUAAAUUUGGUAGCGGAGAUGGAUUCUUAAAUUAUUAUUUAUUCAAUUAUAAGACUUUCCCAGUCCAUGGAGGUAUUGAUCCUAAGACGAAGGAAGUGGUUGAAGAUAAAACAAGUGGUUUAGGUGUAGUGUUACUUUAGAUUUAAUUAAUAUAAUAUCAAUAUAUAUACCCCAUACUAAUUGUUUUUUUGUAACUUUGUGGUAGCGCGCAGUAAAUUUUUCAGUUUUUUUUUUUUUUUUUGGCUCAUCUCUAACAAAACAAAAAUCAAAAAUUAUU